CAAGGAAGAAAUGAGCUACUAGACUUAAUUGCUAAUUACUUUCAAAGUCUUCCACUGUGGAUUCGAUUUCUGGUGACAACGCGACCGGAAAGAAACAUAACAGAAAAUCUAAAGCGUUUGUACCCCCUGCAGCUGGAUCCAGACGUUGAAGAGAAUGUGAAGGAUAUUCACCUUUACUUUGAAAAGCAAAUCAGCCAUUUAUUGCAAUCUGAGCAUCGAGAAAUCAUCUUGCAAGCACUGGUUCAAAAGUCAGAAGGAGUUAUGCUAUAUGCUCAUUACCUGGUAGAUUUCAUAAAGAAGGAAGUGCCAUUGGUAACCCCUGAACGGUUGGAUGGCGUCUUACCAUCAGGUAUUUCGUCUGUAUACCAGUGGUAUUUCAAGCGACUGGAGAGUGAACUUUGUAAGGAACUUAACGUCACGGAAGACCAGUUUUUGAAAUUUUUGAGUGCCAUCGCAGCAGCAAGAGAGCCAUUGCCACUCGGUUUUGCUUCUAAAUUAUUGCUACCAACUACACCGAAAUCAGUGGUUCAGCGAAAAGUAAAUGCGGCAAUUGCCUGUGUCUCGGCACUUCUACCCAUUCAAGACGAGUGUAUUCACUUCUUUCACAAGUCGAUCAAAGAUUGGCUAAUUGAAACGUCUACCUACGGUCAGCACCACUUCAGUGUGGACGAAAAAGAAGGCCAUGAAGUCCUUUCUAAGCUCUGCGUUGACGAACUCGAUGAUGUAAAACGAAAGGGCGUCGACUGCCCACAGUUCAGUGACACUACAAAGCAUGGAGACAUUGAGACAUGGAGUUCAGCACACGCUACAACUGGAGGAUGGAGAGUAUGCAGCCUUGAGGAAGUCACCAAGAAAUAUGUUUUGGACUUAGAGGUUGUCUAUGCAAAAGUGUGUUUAAACGUUACCGGAGCAUCUGAAGAUGUUCUUUCCGUCUACAAGAAAAGGGGAAUGGGAGCGUUGCCUGGAGAAUGUUACAGAGUCCUCGACACUUUGCUCUGUCUGUUAAGGAAGCAUGUUAGCCCGUUCAAAGAACUUCCUAACAUUUUCUUUCAAACCGUUCUGAAUGAAGGAGGACCUGAGUUGUCUUCUGAAGCAUCAAAACUUUUAGAUACUAAAUAUUCUGAAUUGGCGUAUAUGGAAUACUUACACAAAGAGGAUCUGCCUGGGAGUGUUCAAAGCACAUUCGAAUGUUCAGAUGAUGUAACUUGUUUUGAUGUUUCACCACAGUUAGACUACAUGGUAUGCGAAUGUAGAGAUAACACGAUACAGCUAUGGUCGCUUCAUACUGGCAAGCAGCUAUGGGAACAAGAUGUCAUUGUAAUGAAAGAUUACUAUGAAUACUUUGAUGACGGAGAUUACGACUAUGAACCAUAUAGACCAAAUACGCACUGUGGUGAAAAGUCAUUGUACCGCUCAGUAGUGUUCCAUCCUACAGAGGACUUUGUCUUACCAGGAAUCCUCAGCCAUGCCUAUACGUUUGACGGGGACCUGAAACCACUUUUUGUUUCGAGCAAGUGUCGUUUCUCGGUUUGUUCAAUCUCUGCAGACAAGAUCAAGAUGCUAACUGAUUGCCCCAAUGAUGCUAAAUCAGUUAUCAUGUGGAGUCUGACGGAUGGUUCAGAGAUAAAUCGUUUCAUCUGGCAUCACGAUAUUUUGUCAUUUGCUUGGUCUCGCGAUGGAAGACUGCUAGCAAUUUCUGACCAGUGUGGUUCGAUUUGUUUGGCUGAUGUCGAGGAUGGCUACAGAACUCUAGCGCAGACAACAACUUCAGAAGUAUGCGGAAUGAUAAAGUUCUCGCCAGACUGUUAUUCCCUUUAUUGUUUGCAUACUGUUCAAUGGGAUCUCUUUCGUUUACACCUCAACAUGGAAAAUGAUGGCAAUGUUUCUAUAGAUGUUUCUCCUGAUGAAGCUUUUUAUGAGCCGUGGGAAUUUGAAUCGUGUAGUGAGGCCGGCUAUUUAUUAGGAGAUCCUUUUUACUUGUCACCUGAAACAUAUACACUCUUCCCACCGAUAACCGGCCUUGCUUUUGUGCUGAAUCAACAAUCUGUAUUGAAAGUUUCCUCUAGCCUUGACGUCAUAGAGAUGUUGUACCUUGAUGAACUGACGAAAGACACUACCAGAGUUGCAAACAUGGAUGCGGAGAAAAUCGUGUUUUCAUUGAAUGGUGACACUCUGUAUGUUGUCGCUAGGACAAAUGCGACUUCAGCAACACUUAAGGCCUGGCACAUUUCAAGUGGGAUAUUCAAAGCUGAGAAAAGCGAUUUUGAUGUUCAUACGCUUGUUGAAAAUAAUCUUGUAUCUGUGAGAGAUGGUGUUUUGUUGCAAACCAGUAGGAGCACCCUUGAGCUGUGGAAUUCUGAGUUGUCUGAGUGCAUCCGCAGUUGGACUGGCCUAGGGUACAUCACUGAAGUAAUCCCCAUAUCAGAAGAACGAGUGGCCUGUGAAGUAAAGAGCAAGGUCAUUAUUGUGGAUACAACUAGGGAAGGCAUUGUGUCAGCAAUCUCUAUUCAUGGUGAUUUUGUUGCAUGCAACAGUAAAUGUCAGGUGAUAACCACUGAUUAUGGGCAAUUCCAGAUGCAUUAUGGCGAUGUCGUACUCUGGAAGAUAUCUCUGCCUAUCGAAGACCCGUUAAUUCGAUGCAAGAGAUUUUCCCCUACUGAACAGUAUUGUGUUCUUGCUGUGGGACACAAAGUGACCACCUAUAUAUGUCAUGAUGUGGCCCUUUACGUCCUCGAUGUAGUUGCUGGAAAAACGCUCCACCUGUUAUGGUCAUAUAGUUACUGGUUUGGUUCCAACCUUGAUUGUAAGUUUGUAGGUGACGAGGAGUGCGUUACUAACCUUACGUUUACUGCUGAAUUGCCGGGUAACUGGCUUCGCCUGUUUAACGUCAAGUCAGGUGACCUGCUAAGUGAAAUUGCCACCGAAGGCCCUGUGACCUGUUUAGCAUCAUAUCCUCGUGAAGGUCUUCUCGCCAUUGGUUUUGACGAUUCCAGAGUGAAUUUCAAAGUUCUUCACGUAAAGUUGCCUCGAGACAAAGACGACAGGAAAAGCAAAAAGUUCAGGAUUAAGCCUAAAGAUUGAAAAGGGUACACUGCAGCUAGUUGAAAUUUCCAGACGAAUCCGCUGACUGGAUGAUGUAGCAGUAAACUUAUCGGGUACCAGUCAUUUGAGCGAAGCAGAGACCAGACUUUGCAGUAGAUCUGUAAAUAGAAUUUAGAUGAAAGCUUCUUAGAGCCACUUUAUUUCUUAGAAGAUCGUGUAAGGUGUAGGCUCGAUUUCCAGCCGUUUUGGGAGUCGGCAGCCCGGUUGUUGAUCCUCCUCCCAACGUGCUGUGGUGCAAAGAACGCGGGCUCACAAAACGGCUGGAACUCGAGCCUAUGUAAAGCGCGCAACACCAAAGAAUCGCGGGCGAGGAAAGCGAGGUAAAGUAAAAUUAGUAUCAACCUCUGGGAGGAGGACACCUGAUGAUGAAUUACACUACAUGAUAUUUCUAUAUCAACGUCUAGGAGGUGGACACUUGAUGAUGAAUUUAACCAGAUAAUAUUUCUGUAUUGACCAGCAUAUGAUUUGGCGCUCGGUUAGCUUAGCUAGCACUCCGAUUAGCCUAACUAGCACUCUGGUUAGCUUAAACAGCACUACGGUUAGCCAAAAUUAGCUUAGAUUACUUGAGGUUAGCCUAUAGAUAUUAGGGUUAGGGAUAUGUAUCCAAAACAUUCCCUUUUUUUUGGCAGCUGAGUUCGGUGGUCAAGUGGAGAUGACUCUCACACAGCAAUCUAUCGACCCGGUUUCGACUUCUCUUACGGUAAAGGUUUCUUUCUUUUUUUUAAAUCUUAAAAACAAGUAAACAAGUGUGAUUUCAUACUUCAUGUGUGAAAAAUAGAGAAGUCCCGCACAAGAAGACCUCCAGGAGGUCGAUGUUAGAUUUCAUCAACCAGAAAGCGAAGGUUGUAACGCUCCAGUUUUUGAUCGACCUACAAAAAUUUCUUGUGACGGGGUAUGACUCAAAUUGUACAAGGAAUGUAUCGGCGCUUUGACACUUUUGCCACCAUGAAAUUUUGAGAUUUGGAAACCCAAUAUGUCUUCUUCAGCAUUACACUGAGAGAGCUGAAAUUAGUUUCGCAGGCUCAUGUUUGAAGUCAAUUUGUAUCUAGCAUGAUGUCCGCAAAGUCGUGUGGUAAUCAAGCAAAUGUUACCAGUGACGUCAGCAAAGAUUCCUCCAUUCAGACGCUAUUACGGUCAUAAGAAAGAUUAAGAAUGACACCUGUGUAUAUGAGAUCAAUCAGAAUCAAAUUCUGUCCACAGCUCAAACAUGUAUAAUGUUAAAAAACCCAGUAUCAUUUAAUGACACUCUGUAAGUUACUAGGAAAUACAGCAUAUUAAGGUUUUGUAAAAGCUGCAUUUUGUUUAGCUUUUGUAAAAAGAAAAAGUAAUUUAUCAGAACUUUGCAGACGGAGAUAUUUUCAAUUUAUUUAGGUUUUGUGGGAAAUGUAAUUUAUUUGGAUCUUGCAGAAGAGACAUUUCGUUACCAACUGUUUUACUGGACAAUUUUAUACGAAAUCGUAAUUUCAUUACCGAGAGUUUUCAAAAUUGUUCGGAAGCUUCUGACCACACAGUACAGCGAGAAGAUAGCAAUCCUGUAAAUAUAUUAUGAAAGUUUUGAGUGUAGUAUUUUUUAAAAUGUGAAAUAAUCAAUUCAAACACGACUCGAUUUAAAUUGAAUAAAACUCAUAAGUUUGUAACAUAAAAAGGCUGUUGUUACAUCAGUGUACGAGUGAAGCUAAAGUCAACUUGAAAUGAUAAACCGCGGUAGCCGCGAAGGGGUAUAAAGAUGCUUUCC